AUGGCGCCAGUUCACAAGAUCGCAUUGAUCCAAACACACCCCAAGCCCGUAGCACCUACCGAAAACUUCGCCAAGGCAUCAGCAUUUAUCAAGGAUGCAGCUUCGAAGGGUUGCAAGUUAGCCGUCCUGCCGGAAUAUCAUCUCACUUCAUGGAUACCCGAGGAUCCUUCAUUUAAAGAAUCGUGCGCCGACUCAGCAGACUACCUGGUCAAAUAUCAGGAACUCGCCAGAGAACUCAACAUCUGCAUUGUACCGGGCACCAUCGUUGAAAUACACCAAGAUGAUAAUGGAGAAGCGCUGCUCAAUGUCGCAUACUUCAUCUCAUCCACCGGUGAGAUACUCGGACGGUACCAGAAGAAGAACCUGUGGCACCCGGAGCGGCAUCACCUUAUGGGUUCGGCACAUGAACCACACGCAGCUUUCGAUACGCCCUUUGGUCGAGUGGGCAUGCUGGUGUGCUGGGACCUCGCCUUCCCUGAAGCGUUCAGGGAGCUCAUCUCAGACGGCGCAGAGAUCAUCUGCCUGCCCUGCUUCUGGACAAUGAAGGAUAUCAGUGAUGAAGGGUACGCGCUCAAUGCAGACGGCGAGGCAUUAUUUUUAAACAGCACGGUCGUUACUCGCGCAUUUGAGAACACCUGCGCCGUGGUGUUCGUGAACGCCGGAGGACCUGCGGAUAAAGGGGAAGAUACUAACCAUGCUGGGCUGAGUCAGUUGUCGGUACCCCAUGUUGGGUCUGUGGGCAGACUCGGCCGCGCAGAGGACAUGUCGAUUGUUGAUUUAGACAUGAAUAUCCUCAAAAUCGCCGAGGAUAAUUACAAGGUCAGAGAGGACAUGAAGACGGAAGGCUGGCAUUAUGCGUACACACAGAUCAGGGACGGAGCCAAGCUCUAA